CAAUCUUUGUCCCAGAAUCCUUAGCGGCGGAGGAAGCAAAAAUGAAGUCGGCCAUGUCGUGUUAAGGAGUCAAGGAACGGGACGAAUGUGGUUCAGGGAUAGCAUCUUAUUAGUUUUAUGCUAUGUAGUUUUGAAACAUCGCUUCAGAAUAUUUAACAUUUGAUUUUGCGUCGGAAGAUAAACAUAUUAUUCGAUAGCGAGCGCAUUAGUUAACUCGGCGGAUAAAAAUGAGCGGAGGAGGGACGCCGUACAUUGGCAGCAAAAUUAGCCUAAUCUCUAAGGCCGAAAUUCGCUAUGAAGGAAUUUUAUACACCAUCGACACUGAAAACUCGACAGUAGCUCUUGCUAAAGUUCGCUCUUUUGGCACUGAAGACCGUCCCACAGAAAGGCCUAUACCACCUCGGGAUGAAGUAUUUGAGUACAUCAUCUUCAGAGGAAGCGAUAUAAAAGACCUAACAGUUUGCGAGCCACCCAAAGCCACUAGCUCUCUUCCUCAGGACCCUGCCAUAGUGCAGUCAUCAAUUGGAUCCUCCAGUGCAGCAUCUGCACCAUCAUUCCGGUCAGCUGGUUCCUAUGCAGCAUUCAGCAGGGCUCCGGUUCCUUCCUACAGCCAGUUCGGCGUUCCACCCAUCGGGUCGCAGCAGUUUGGAUCUGCUGGAGGACGUACAAGUCCUCAGCGGGACUCUUUGGCUAAAAGUGCCCCGGUGGAGCCGUCGGUGCAGGCUCCCCCGUCAGCUGCACCUGGUCUGCCUGCCGCCGUUGGUCAGAGGACUCAGCCAGGAGUGACGGCCAAACCCAGCAGCUCUGCCACUGGCAGCCAGAAACCCCCUGAUCUGCUUGAGCAGAAGAAAGCUCCUGAUGUUCAGAAGACUUCCCAGCCCGAUCAUGAGCAGGGUGCUGUCGAGAACCGGGAUCCUAACAGGCGUCAAAUUGCUGGUGUUCAGUCCAACCGCCGCGGCCGGGGAAGAGGAAACCGCAGCAGGGGCAGAGUGAACAUGCGUAAAGAUGGCACCAUGAAAUUUGAUGAGGACUUUGACUUUGAAACUGCCAACGCCCAGUUUCACAAGGAUGAGAUUGACAAGGAGUUUCAGAACAAGCUGAAACUGAAAGAUGACAAACCUGAAAAGGCUCUGAACGGAGAAGAAACUGCUGACUCGGAACAUCCAGCCAACGAGGGCGCCACUGAGGAAGAGGAGGCUACGAUAAACACCUGCUACUAUGACAAGACUAAGUCCUUCUUUGAUAACCUGUCCUGUGAUGAUUCAAGUAAAUCGGGUGAUGGUGGAUUUCCAAGGGAGCGCAGGCCAACCUGGGCAGAGGAGAGACGAAUGAACGCAGAGACUUUCGGCAUUCCUCUCCGACACCAACGUGGAAGAGGCGGUUUCCGUGGGCGAGGGUACAUGGGGCCCCGCGGAGGCCGGGGCCGGCCAUCGAGCAGAGGGUUCUUUGGGCCGCCGCGGGGGGCCCCGCCCGGCUUCAGGGGCGGAUUCAGGGGUGGCAGAGGAGGCCGUGAUUUCUCUGAUUUUGAAUACAGGAAGGAUAACAAGGUGGCUGCGUAGUACUUCAGUGAUGGAUCCACCAAGAAUUGUAGCCACUUGUCAUGAAAUUAUGCCCGUUGUAGAAAUUUCCUGUGGUCUCUACAUUUGACAGAAAGAAUGAAGACAUUAUUUGGACACCAGCACCUCGGUGGACCGCCUGACACCAGGGGGUGACGUCCCCACUCCCGCUCUCCACCUUGAGACUUUUUGGUUUCUUUCUCCAGAAGUUUUGUUGGAAAAAUUAGAAGAUCACAUGUAAAUACAAAGCUUUGGAGUAAUUGCGUA